AUGGCACGGCUCUGCCGGCCUAUGCUACUGCUAUGGACCACGUAUGGCCUCACUUUCCUUUGGACUGGCGUGUCCCGUCCUGGCGCUGUGAGGAGAAAGUGGAGACAAGUUGGAAGACAGUACAAGGUGACCCUGGAGUCAGAGGAAGGACAGGUGACUUUUGAUUGUCCGGAAGAUUCCUAUCUCUUGGGACAUGCAGAAGAAGAGGGCAUUGAAAUGACCAGCUUUUGUCGCUACGGCAACUGUGCCGCCUGCAUCGGCAAGGUGCUGUCCGGCAGUGUGGAUCAAAGCGAACAGAUGUUUCUGUCAGAGGAGGAACUGGAGCAGGGAUACAUUGUCACCUGUGUGGGCUAUCCCACUUCGGAUGUGAUCAUCCGAACUGGUUGUCGGGAUGAAGUGAUUGAGGAGAAAUGCUGCUUCAGCACGCCUUUGUGCGAUUGGUGCCCCUACCAGGGAGUUGAGGGUGACCGUCCCAAGAAGCGUGGUCAACCCGGGCCGGAGGUGGUUGCGGCUGCCGAAUUCCAUCACCGAAGGUUGCAACUGCAUGGUGGUGUGAGUGCUCUCGAGCCGGAACGGAUGAGAGCCAUCACUGUCUUUCGCCACAGGCUGGAGAAAAGGCGCGAGAAGGGCCUUCCAACCCCCACGGACUACAACAAACACCAGGCUGCGACAAAGAUCCAGGCCCGAAUCCGUGGCUACUUGGUGCGCCAGUGGACCUUCGAGGUCGUAUCUCCAGGUCCCAGGAUUUUCGGCCACGGGGAGGAACUUGCUCGGGAGAUGCGACGCCAAAGAGCUUUGGAGGACACCCAAUGA